AUGGCUCAAACGGCACGCAUAUCCACCGCCCACGCGUACGGAACGCGGCCGUCGCACGACUACCAUGCCACCGCCAUAUCGCUGAAACAUCGCUCCAAGUCGGCUAAUCCACCGCAAUUACGUCCACUAAGUGGCAUCCACGGGGCGGCGGUGCGACCCCGUUAUGUGCCGCCCUUUUCCAUACAGUCGCAGCAGAAAAAUACCGUUGUCAUCAACGGGCCAAUACACGAAACCACAGCGACAACGGCAAGUGCGAGGGGGCGGGCACCAAAUCCGAAAUGCCUAAAAAAGCAGCAAAAAUCCAUUUCCACGCUCAACAUAGGAAUGGGCGGCUUCAAUGCUGGCCCCCCAGGUACCGACUCUGGGCGGGGCACUCUGUUUCGAAUGUACUUCGAUCGCGGUGACUUGCCCAUCAAAAUGGAGUACCUCUGCGGCGGCGAUAAGAUUGGAUGGACGCGUGCACAUUUCCACUUGCCAGGGAACUGGCGAACUUCGAACUUCGGCGUGAAGCCUUUUCCACCUUCAGACUGUGAAUCAAUUCAAAUCGAAAUACUGUUCUGGUGUUCUACCCCCCAGUUGGACAUCGACAAGCUGGACUACAGUCUCUAUCUACCGCUCUUUUUCGAUGGACUGGCCGAGACGAAGCAUCCGUACAAGACCUAUGCCCGCCAGGGAGUGACGGAUCUGCUGCUUGCGGGCGGAGAGAAAAUACACACCGUAAUACCGCAAUUAAUAUUGCCUCUGAAGAACGCAUUGAGCACACGGAAUUUGGAGGUAAUGUGUACGACACUGAAGAUAAUACAACAACUGGUGAUGUCCUCGGACCAGGUGGGUCCGGCCCUGGUGCCCUUCUACAGACAAUUGCUGCCAAUGUUUAACGCUUUCAAAGUGAAAAACUUAAACUGUGGCGACGAGAUCGACUAUGCCCAGAAGAACAACCUCAACCUUGGCGAUCUGAUUGAUGAGACGCUCCAGGUGCUGGAGCUCCAUGGCGGCGAGGAUGCCUUCAUCAACAUCAAGUACAUGGUGCCGACCUACGAGUCCUGCUAUUUAAAUUGAGUGUGUACCGCCCUUAUGCCUUGCUCUUUUUGCAUCAUAAGUAUUUAUUGUAAUUUAUAUAUUACAGCAUCAAAGUAGUAGAUGUGAUUAAUUAAAUUCAAUUUUGUUACCAAG